AACUAAUCCGGUUUCAAGUUUCAGCCCCUCCUUGAAUUCCAGGCUGCUGAGACGUCCCUCUAGAAUCCUCCAACAUGGAGCCUCUUGCAGCUUACCCGCUAAAAUGUUCCGGGCCCAGAGCAAAGGUAUUUGCAGUUUUGCUGUCUAUGGUUCUAUGCACAGUAACGCUAUUUCUUCUACAACUAAAAUUCCUCAAACCUAAAAUCAACAGCUUUUAUGCCUUUGAAGUGAAGGAUGCAAAAGGAAGAACUGUUUCUCUGGAAAAGUAUAAAGGCAAAGUUUCACUAGUUGUAAACGUGGCUAGUGACUGCCAACUCACAGACAGAAAUUACUUAGCACUGAAGGAACUGCACAAAGAGUUUGGACCAUCCCACUUCAGCGUGUUGGCUUUUCCCUGCAAUCAGUUUGGAGAAUCGGAGCCCCGCCCGAGCAAGGAGGUAGAAUCUUUUGCAAGAAAAAACUACGGAGUAACAUUCCCCAUCUUCCACAAGAUUAAGAUUCUAGGAUCAGAAGGAGAACCUGCAUUUAGAUUUCUUGUUGAUUCUUCAAAGAAGGAACCAAGGUGGAAUUUUUGGAAGUAUCUUGUCAACCCUGAGGGUCAAGUUGUGAAGUUCUGGAGGCCAGAGGAGCCCAUUGAAGUCAUCAGGCCUGACAUAGCAGCUCUGGUUAGACAACUGAUCAUAAAAAAGAAAGAGGAUCUAUGAGCAUGCCAUUGCAUUUCUAAUAGAACAGAGAAAUGUCUCCAUGAGGGUUUGGUCUCAUUUUAAACACUUUUUUUUGGAGACAAUGUCUCACUCUGUCACCCAGGCUGGAGUGCAGUGGUGCAAUCUCAGCUCAUUGCAACCUCUGCCUCUUUAAACAUGCUAUUAAAUAUGGCAAUGAAGGAUUUUUUUUAAUGUUAUCUUGCUAUUAAGUGGUAAUGAAUAUUCCUAGCAUGAAGAUGUUACCCAAAGCAAAAUCAAGAGUAGCCAAAGAAUCAACAUGAAAUAUAUUAACUACUUCCUCUGACUGUACUAAAGAAUUCAGAAUUUAGUGACCAAUGUGCCUCAAUAUCUUAUUAUUCAACUUGACAUUUUCUAGGACUGUACUUGAUGAAAAUGUUAACACACUAGACCACUCUUUGGAAUCAAGAGCACUGUGUAUGACUGAAAUUUCUGGAAUAACUGUAAAUGGUUAUGUUAAUGUAAUAAAACACAAAUGUUGAAAAGUAUAAAAUAUAUAUACAUAGAUUCAAAUCCUUAUA